AUGGCUCCCACUGCUACGCAGCUCCGGAGCAUGGUGAGCCAGUUCACGGCCUUCACAGGAACGAGUGAGAAGACCGCCACCAAAUUUAUCAAAGCCUCCAAUUAUAGAGUCAACGAAGCCAUAGAUGAUAUGUUUGCAGGUGCAUGGAUCGGGCAGGGACGUUGCAACAGCGCUGGAGCACCGCUGAGCACGCUCGACAACACUGGACCAAUGCCAGCGGGCCAUUGGUGGAGUGUUACCAGACAUCUAUCCAAGUACGGCCGAGCACCGCCCGACGGGUUGAAACAGUCACUGCUGCCGUCCGGACGUAAAUGGGAUCCCGGCAGCUCCGAUGACCUCGCACCUCAUAAGGACUCACGGUACUUCCGUAGCCAGGGUCUCGCGAACCAGGCCCCCGGUCUCGAUUCCGAAUUGGAUUCCUUAUUCGACAGUUUACGAGAUGACAGUAAUGAUACCAAGGAUCGCCUCGAACUUACUUCUACUAUGAAUUAUCUUACCACCGAUCUCAAGGUCAACAUAGAAAAUGCCGAACUCUUUGUGGUUUUGGAAUUGCUACAGGCCCCCAGUAUCGGCGAGAUUACGCGCAAGGGCUAUGUCGAAGGAUGGAAGGACAGCGACGUCAAUGCCUCUCAAAAGGACCACGCCAAGUAUGUCCGCAAACUCGUCAAGACAUUGCCAACAGAUGUUGCUCUAUUCAAAAGGGUGUACAAGCACACCUUUGUCGCGGGCCGUGAGAAGGAUCAAAAAUCUCUGAGUCUCGAGAACGCGCUCGUCUACUGGGACAUGCUGUUUGCUCCUCCUGGAAUGCAAUGGAAGAGUGAGCACCGCGACUGGCUACCGCUCUGGAAGGAAUAUCUGAAUGAGAAGUGGCACCACUCCGUGAAUAGGGACAUGUGGAACAUGACGCUCGAGUUUGCAUUCAAAAGCAUGGAGGACGACUCUCUGUCCUUCUGGGACGAGAACGGCGCCUGGCCGGGCGCCAUUGACGAUUUCGUUGCGUGGUGCAAGGCCAAGGGCAUGAGCAAGUCUGAGCAAAUGGAGGUUGAUGACGCAUAG